GGACAGCCGUUUCCGGCGUUAAACAAGGCUAGCGGCCCUUCUUUUCACAUUUGAGGGGAAAAUAUGGACAUCCUCAAAGCAGAAAUUGCGCGGAAGCGAAAGCUGCUGGAGGAGAAAGAGCUGCUGGCGGACAAUAAAAAAUAUUUUAGGCGCAGUGAACUAGCUAAGAAGGAAGAAGAAGCAUAUUAUGAAAGGUGUGGCUACAAGCCUGUAAACGAGAAGCCACCAGGAGAGAUUAGACAGGAAGAAGAAGAUGACGAAAAGAAGACAAUUGCUUCAUCAAAUCCUGUAUUAGAACUUGAGCUGGCAGAGGAGAAGUUGCCUAUGACUCUUUCCAGACAAGAGGUCAUUAGGAGAUUGAGAGAAAGAGGAGAGCCAGUCAGACUGUUUGGAGAAACAGAUUAUGAUGCCUUCCAGCGAUUGCGAAAGAUAGAAAUUCUGACACCAGAAGUGAACAAGGGAUUGAGGAACGACCUGAAGGCUGCUUUGGACAAAAUCGACCAGCAGUAUUUGAAUGAAAUUGUCGGUGGCCAAGAACAGGGAGAAGAUGACACACAGAAUGAUCUCAAGGUCCAUGAAGAAAACACAACAAUUGAAGAACUGGAGGCUUUGGGCGAAUCAUUAGGACAAGGUGAUGAUCAUUAUGACAUGGAUAUCAUAACUAAAUUCUUAAAGUUUCUUCUUGGAGUCUGGGCUAAGGAGCUGAAUGCCAGGGAGGAUUACUUGAAACGUGGUGUCCAGGGAAAGUUAAACAGCGCCACUCAGAAGCAGACAGAGUCAUAUCUGAGGCCACUUUUCAGGAAACUUCGGAAAAGGACUCUUCCUGCAGACAUCAAGGAAUCAAUAACAGAUAUUAUCAAGUUUAUGCUACAAAGGGAGUAUGUGAAGGCCAAUGAUGCCUACCUUCAAAUGGCUAUUGGAAAUGCUCCCUGGCCCAUUGGUGUCACUAUGGUUGGCAUUCAUGCCCGAACGGGACGAGAGAAGAUUUUCUCAAAGCACGUGGCUCACGUUCUAAAUGAUGAAACUCAGCGGAAAUACAUCCAGGGUUUGAAGAGACUCAUGACUAUUUGUCAGAAACACUUUCCGACAGACCCAUCCAAAUGCGUGGAGUACAAUGCUUUGUGACACAACGGCAGCCAGUGUCUGCUUUUGGAUAUUUGAGCGAUGAGAAAAGAAUGCCAUCUCUGUAAGAACUCUUGAAGUGUGCGUCAAAGUGGGCUGAAUCAGUCAAAUAAAAAGCUAGGUGCUUUUACGUAAGCUCCAUUGAAACGGUCGCAGUUAUUCGUACUUGGAUAAAGUUGUAUAUUUUAAUUUUUUCAUAUUACAUUACAAGGAAAAAAAUAUAUAUUUAUAGAAAUGUCUAUAGUUGCUGCAUUUGGAUUGCAUCUUAAAAUAUGGUGUGAAUGGAGAGCCUGUGGACGUUGGGAAAAAUGUUGAUGUGUCUGCAUUAUGAUUGAACUUGAGACUUUGGUUUAUUGCACCCAACAAGUCUGGAUUACAACCAGCCAUAAAAUCUGGUUUAUUGUAUUCCUUCCAAGUUUAUUCACCUCCUUGUGUGAAGGGAGUACAAACAUGUACUUUUUGUGAGCCAUCUGGUCCUUUCUGUGAUAAGUCACAAGUAUACAGAUACAAUAACUUCAGAAAUGCCUUAUGAGGACCAGCACUUACUCCACAAUGUAGUAUGAAAACAUUAUGCUUAACGGAACUAGUCCAGCUAGAUAUAUUGUGUUAUUCUCCCAGUUCUCAUGUGCAAGCUAUCUGGUUUGCUUUUGAGGCUUCUUGUCAAAUAAUGUCUUAAAUCUGGUGCACAUUUCUAGGCAUUCAGACCUGAAAAGUGUUUUGGAAAAUAAUUUGAAUAGUUAUAAUGAUCUGCUUUCCAGUACCAGUUACUUAACAAAGUAGCCUGUCUACUUUUAUUGAGACCAGAGGCAAGUAGUAAAGGAUGUCAGUUUCCUGGUUUCCAACCAAAUAAAAGGAGAAUUUUAUUUGUUUUAUUUAUAUUAUUUUAUUUGUUUCAUGUAUCCUUCUUCUAUAGUUAAUUGCAUCUACAAAAAGGUGUCUGGAAUCACAAAUGUUGAUAAAAUUCAGUACAUUCAGCAAUAUAAA